GAGAGAAGAGGAGUGGCAGUGUUAGAAGGAAGAGAGAAGAGGAAAGAAGAGAGAGUGGGGGAAGAGACGGGAGAAGAGAAAGAUGACGGCUCUUUCGUGCAUGGAGGAGGACGUGCUGCGCUGCUGCGGCAGCAAAAGGUUCGCCAAGGAGAUGGUCUCGGCCUCCCCCUUCACCGACCUCGACCACGCCCUCCGAUCCGCCCGCGACAUCUGGCUCAACAAGGUCGACGUCGUCGGAUGGCUCGAGGCUUUCGCGGCUCACCCGGCGAUCGGAACCACCUCUCCUUCCGUCUCCCAGUGGUGUAAGGAAGAGCAAUCCGCAGCGAUGGCUACUGCUAACGAUUCCGCCUUGCAGGAAUUGAUGGAAUGGAAUUCUCGGUACAGGGAGAAGUUUGGGUUCGUGUUCCUCAUAUGCGCAUCUGGGAGGGGCACGCCGGAGAUCCUUGCUGAAUUAAAGAAACGCUACCUGAAUAGGCCCAUUGUCGAACUUGAAAUAGCAGCACAAGAGGAGAUGAAGAUAACUGAAUUGCGUCUUGCUAGGCUUUUUAAUUCUGAUGCUGGAUCAAACAUUCCAGUCACAACUCGUCUUCCUGUUAGUUCACCAACUAAACCAGAAGAUCGUUUAGGAAUCAUUGGAGCACAUAUUAUGGCUAUUCCUAAGGUACCUUCCAGUAAAACCACUGAAAUUUCAGGUAAUAGCCACCGCACUCGUCCUCCCAUCACAACCCAUGUCCUGGAUGUUGCCCGUGGCUCUCCAGCUUCCGGCAUGGAGGUUCACCUUGAAAUGUGGAAAGGAACUCAGCAGCACCCAUCAUUUACAAACAGAGAAUCCACCGACUGGAUGUUGAUAGGCUCUUCGACAACAAAUACUGAUGGACGCAGCGGCCCUCUGAUGGGCAUCGUUGACCAUAUAACUCCUGGCUUUUACCGGAUAAGUUUCGACACCGGUAAAUAUGCACCCUCUGGCUUCUUUCCUUAUGUCAGCUUGGUGUUUCAGGUCAGAGAAAACCAGAUAGCAGAACACUUUCAUGUUCCUCUGCUGCAUUCACCCUUUUCAUUCACCACAUACAGGGGGAGCUAGAUAUGGUACUCUAGUUGGGUAACAGAUACUUUUCAAGGAAACCUAUGAAUGUUACUUUGUCGUAUCGGAAGUGUGUAUGCCAGGAUUGUAUACAAUUCAAACAGGUCUAAAAUUAUGAUCUUGGUGUUUGGACAAAUAUUAUUGAUCAUGCUUUUCUGUAUCUCGUUCAACA